AUGGGCGGGGAGAUAGUUUAUUGGGACGUAGAUCCCGAUAAAUGGUGUUAUUUUGGAGUAUUAGGUUCACUUAAAGAUCUGAGUUACAUGGAAGUAAAAGAAUUAUAUUACAAUACCCAACAUGUUUUACAUAAGCUUGAUGAUGAUAAAGGAGCUAUGAACAUGAUGAAUGUGGCUAAUUAUUUGGGGAAAGUGAACCUCUAUGUUGUGCAUGGGGUGGACGAACCAACUAUUGUAGGAAAUGAUGAGAAUGAGAUUUUGUACCUAUGUGAAGGUCCUGUAGAGAGUGUGGAGGGUGUAGUGGAGGUUGAGAAUGAUGAUGCAGUGGAUGUUGAGAAUAAAGAUGUCUGGGAGGAUGACAAGGAGGAUGCUGAGAAUGAAGAUGUCUGGGAGGAUGACAAGGAGGAUGCAGAAGAUGUUGAGGUUGCAGUAGAGGUUCAAAAUGAGGAUAGAGUUGAGUUUGAAAGUGAAGAAGUAGUGGAAGUGGAUAAUGUGGAUGAAGUUGAGGUUGAAAGUGAUGAAUUAGUGGAAGUGGACAUUGAGGAUGGAGGGGAGGUUGAAAGUGAAGAAGAAUUGGAAGUGGACAUUGAGGAUGGAGGGGAGGUUCAUAGUGAAGAAGAAUUGGAAGUGGAAGUGGACAGUGAUGAUGAACCAGGAAUGGAUGAUCUGAGUGGUGAUGAAUACGUGGAUGCAGACAAUCAUCAAGAAACCCAACAACAAUGUAGGGGUUUGUCAAACGAUGAUUGGGAGUCUGAUAUGCUUGUAACUCCUGAAAACAGUACAAGUGAGGAGGAUGACAACGAGGAUAGAGUAUUUGUGGGUCAUUUCUCAAAAUAUGCAAAACAAAAGUCCAUGGCAGAUUACAAGUGGGAAGUGGGCACCAUUUUUAGUGGGAAGGAAGACUUUAAGGAUGCUAUUAGAAGGUAUGUUGUUCAUGCUGGAAGGGAUCUAAAAUUUGUCAAGAAUGAUAACCGUAGGGUGAGGGUGAGGUGCAUGGGUGCCCAAGGUAAGUGCCCAUGGGUAGCUUACUGUGGGUACUUGCCAUCACGCAAAAUUUGGCAAUUAAGGAAGAUAAUUGAUACUCACGGUUGUAGUAGGCAACUUAACAUCAAAUUAAUGAAUGCUAAGUGGUUGAGUCAGGAAAUAGAUAGGUCUUUAGUUGACAAUCAUAAUUUAAGGGUGAAUGAUAUUCGUACUAAAGCAUUAAGAAAAUGGAAUUCAAAUGUGUCAAUAUCCAAGGCACGAAGGGCAAAGUUAAUUGCCACAAGACAGGUUGAAGGAGAUUUCAAAGAACAAUAUAAAAGGAUAUACGACUAUGGACAUGAGCUGUUGAGGUGUAACCCAGGUUCAACAGUGCAGAUUAAAGUUGAGUCUCAUAAUGGUGACCCAAUCUUCCAAAGAAUGUAUGUUUGUCUCAAAGCUUGUAAAGAUAGUUUCAUAAGCUGUAGGCCCAUUAUAUGUUUAGACGAAUGUUUUUUGAAAGGUUAUUACAAGGGGGAGCUGCUCACUGCUGUUGGUAGGGACCCAAACGAUCAAAUGCUACCCCUUGCCUAUGCAGUAGUAGAAGUGGAGAACAAAGACAGCUGGACAUGGUUUUUGCAAUUAUUAAUUCAAGACCUCGGGGGUAGUCAAGUAUGUGGUGGGUGCACGUGGAUGUCAGACCAGCAGAAGGGGUUGGUCCCAGCUAUCCAGGAGCUUCUGCCUGGGGCAGAACAAAGAUUCUGUCUCAGGCACCUGUAUGCAAACUUUAGGAAAAGGUUUGGUGGUCAAAUAUUAAAAAAUCUGACGUGGAGAGCUGCCACAAGCACAUAUCCCCAAGCUUGGGAGAGAGAGAUGCUGAAAAUUAAAGAAGUCAAUAUUGAAACAUAUAAAUACCUCAUAGGCAUUCCCCCGAGGUUUUGGUUAAGAUAUCGCUUCACAGGUCAAGCAAUGACUGAUACACUAGAUAACAACAUCAGUGAAGCUUUCAACAGUGUUCUUGUUCAUGCAAGAGGAAAACCAAAUAUCACCAUGAUGGAGGAUAUCAGAGUUUAUCUCAUGAAAAGGUGGGCCACCAAUAGAACCAAGGUGGCAUCUAUGGACUUCACAAUAUGCCCAAAGAUAAAGAAGAGACUUCAGAAGGAAUGUAAUCUGUCAAGAUUUUGGGUGUCAAGCUGGUCUGCACGAAAGAUUUUUGAGGUUAGGCAUACUUCAUCAGUUGGGAACAAGUUCACACUGGACCUGGACACAAAGGAGUGUAGCUGCAGAAAGUGGAUGAUCAGUGCCAUCCCAUGCUGUCAUGCAAUUGCAGCAAUGAACUACUCCAACGUUGAUCCAGAGAAUUUUAUCCCCACUUUGUUCACAACAUCCACCUAUGAAGAGGUGUAUGCGUCCAUAAUUUUUCCACUCAAUGGCCACCUACUAUGGGAAACCACAAAUUUCAAUGAUGUACUACCACCAGUGAUGAGGAAGAUGCCUGGGAGGCCAAAGGAAAAAAGGAGGUUGGAAGCAUGA